CUUUUUAGAGAGAGAGAGGAGAGAGAGAGAGAGAGAAGAGAAUGAUGGCGGAGGGAGUGGAAGACGAAGAGAAAUGGCUCGCCGCUGGAAUCGCCGGCCUCCAGCAGAACGCCUUCUACAUGCAUCGAGCUCUGGACUCAAACAAUCUUAGAGAUGCCUUGAAGUAUUCUGCUCAGAUGCUAUCAGAGCUUCGCACCUCCAAGCUUUCCCCUCACAAAUACUACGCACUUUAUAUGCGAGCAUUUGAUGAGUUGAGGAAGCUGGAGAUGUUCUUCAAGGAAGAAACAAGACGUGGUUGCUCCAUUAUCAAUCUGUAUGAGCUUGUUCAGCAUGCUGGAAACAUACUGCCUAGAUUGUAUCUCCUAUGUACCGUAGGAUCUGUAUAUAUCAAAUCUAAGGAAGCUCCUGCAAAGGAUGUUCUUAAAGAUUUGGUAGAAAUGUGCCGUGGCAUUCAGCACCCUGUACGUGGGCUGUUCCUCAGGAGUUAUCUUGCUCAAGUUAGUAGGGACAAAUUACCUGACAUUGGUUCUGAAUAUGAAGGGGAUGCUGACAGUGUCAUGGAUGCUGUUGAGUUUGUGCUCCAAAACUUCACAGAGAUGAACAAAUUGUGGGUGCGAAUGCAGCAUCAGGUUGGGCAUGAUUUCUGGUCAUGCAGGUGUUAUAGUGCUUGUCAAUCAUUCAUACUCUUAGCUGAUCAUGAGUUGAGGCUUGCUGUCGGGCUUUCUGGUCUGCAGGGACCUGCCCGAGAAAAGGAUAAACGGGAGAAAGAAAGGAGCGAGCUGCGUGAUCUUGUUGGAAAGAAUCUCCAUGUGCUUAGUCAGAUAGAGGGUGUUGACCUUGAGAUGUACAAGGAAAUUGUUCUUCCCAGAGUCCUUGAGCAGGUUGUCAACUGUAAGGAUGAGCUUGCACAGUAUUACCUGAUGGAUUGCAUAAUUCAAGUCUUUCCUGAUGAAUAUCACUUGCAAACUCUUGAUGUAUUAUUGGGCGCUUGUCCACAGCUUCAGCCAUCUGUUGACAUCAAAACCGUGCUAUCUCGAUUAAUGGAAAGGCUUUCAAAUUAUGCUGCUUCAAAUACAGAUGUGUUGCCUGAGUUCUUGCAAGUAAAAGCCUUUUCAAAGUUGAACAAUGCCAUUGGAAAGGUGAUAGAGGCGCAAGUUGACAUGCCUACUCUUGGAGUGAUAACUUUGUAUUCAUCUCUUCUCACAUUUACUCUCCAUGUCCACCCUGAUCGGCUUGAUUAUGCAGAUCAAGUAUUGGGUGCAUGUGUUAAAAAGCUCUCUGGAAAAGGAAUGCUUGAAGACAACAAAGCAACAAAACAGAUAGUUUCACUUUUAAGUGCUCCACUUGAGAAGUAUAAUGAUAUUGAUACUGCCUUAAAACUUUCAAAUUAUCCCCUCAUAAUGGAAUACCUUGACAUUGAAACAAAUAAAGUCAUGGCCACUAUUAUAAUUCAAAGCAUUUUGAAGAACAAAACUCGUAUUUCUACAGCUGAUAAGGUUGAGGCAUUGUUUGGACUAAUAAAAGGUCUUAUUAAGGAUUUGGAUGGAACUGUUCAUGAUGAGGUUGAUGAAGAUGACUUCAGGGAGGAGCAGAAUUCUGUUGCACGUCUUAUCCAGAUGCUAUAUAAUGAUGAUAUAGAAGAGAUGUUUAAGAUUAUAUGUACUGUGAGGAAGCAUAUCCUAACUGGAGGACCAAAGCGUCUACCCUUUACUGUUCCUCCCCUUGUCUUUUCUUCACUUAAGUUGGUCAGGCAACUGCAAGGCAAGGAUGAAAAUCCUUUCGGUGAUGCUUCUACUACACCAAAGAAAAUUUUCCAGCUUUUGAAUCAGACUGUUGAGACUUUGUCUAAUGUUCCAGCCCCUGAAUUGGCAUUACGAUUGUACUUGCAAUGUGCUGAGGCUGCAAAUGACUGUGAUUUAGAACCUGUGGCAUAUGAAUUUUUCACCCAAGCAUAUAUUUUAUAUGAGGAAGAAAUUUCUGACUCAAGGGCUCAGGUGACUGCAACAUAUUUGAUAAUAGGGACUCUUCAGAGGAUGCAUGUGUUUGGUGUUGAAAAUAGGGAUACUUUAACACACAAGGCUACAGGGUACUCUGCAAAGCUAUUGAAGAAGCCUGAUCAGUCCAGAGCUGUUUAUGCAUGCUCUCAUCUCUUCUGGGUUGAUGAUCAGGAUAACAUCAAAGAUGGAGAGAGGGUACUGCUUUGCCUCAAGCGUGCAUUAAGAAUUGCAAAUGCUGCUCAGCAAAUGGCCAAUGCAGCUCGAGGUAGCACUGGAUCAGUCACACCGUUUGUUGAGAUACUAAACAAGUACCUAUAUUUCUUUGAGAAGGGGAACCCACAGAUAACAGUUGAUGCAAUCCAGAGCCUAAUUGAAUUGAUUACAACCGAAAUGCAAAGCGACUCUAGCACACCAGAUCCAGCAGCUGAUGCUUUCUUUGCCAGUACAUUGAGGUAUAUACAAUUCCAGAAACAAAAAGGCGGUGCCAUAGGUGAAAAAUAUGAUUCUAUCCAGGUUUGAUGCUGGAUGUUUCAUGUGGCUGAGGUGAAUCUAUUUUGUGGGAGCUUUGUAGAGUGGUUUUCGUAUUCGUUAUCAUUACCUUAGGGAAUCGGAUUUGCUUAUAUAACCAUCCAACAACUAGGUCAUUGACAUGGGUAUAAAAUAGUAGGACUGUU